AAAAUAUCAUCAAAGCAAUUAAAUAAGCAGAAUAACUUUUAAAAAGGUUAAAACUUAGAGAGUUUCAUGCUAAAUAAGGCCACAUAGCAACUUCCUAAUAUGGGAGAUGAUCAAACUCCUUCGGAAGUAACAAGCAUUUAUUCAAUACAUCAAAGCAAUUGCAUUUAAAUAUAAACACCAGCUGCUGCCAUAUAACCCUUAAUGAUUCCAACAUAGAUUCCUUUAGACCCAAUAUAGAGAAUCAAAAGUAAGAAUAGUCGAAGUGUGACUCCAGAUGUUAUUUAAGUCCCAACAUUAGUUAGUUCAAUAGAACAUAUUUAGAAUUUAAAAAAAUCAAGUAAUAAUAUAGCAAUAAAUUAGAUAAAUGGAGGUUUGAUUUAGAAAUAGCCUAACACACCUAAUUAUAAUAACUCUGAUAAUAAUUAAAAAUAGGAUAUUUAAAAAAUAGGUUCUUUGAAUCAGCAAUUCGUUGUUGGUAUAAAUGUUUCUAAUAAUUUUAAAAAUAAUAAUUAGAACUCUCCUAGGUAAGCAUCGAUAGGUGUUACUCCUAUUGUUCACCGUAGGGCAGUAAGCAACAACUCCAUAAACUCAAUGGAAAACAGCUAAUUAAGAAAUAUUACUCCUAUUCAAUCUUAAAAUACCUACAUUCCUUUUCUUAACAGCCAAUUGUAAUUGUAAAAUAGCAAUUUGAAUGUUUCUAUGAAUUCCUAGCAACAAAACACUUAAUAGCAAGUUUAAAAUAAAGCAUAAUUAGCUCCUAUCUAAACAAUCAUUUAACCUCCCACUUUUGCUACUGCACUUACUCUUUCAGGUUAGCUAAAUGAAAGAAAUUAUACACCUCCUUCGAAAAUUAGCUUUUCUAAAUUAUAAAGUACAGGCGCAACUGAUAUAUACUAAAACAAUGAAUAUAGAAGCACAUCUUUAAAUUAAACUAGAUCAUAGCUUCUAAAUAUUAAAAUAUCACAAUAUGGAAAAGUAAUGAAUGCCAAGGAUGAAAAAGAUAUUCCACAAAAUCCUCUAAAAAAAAUAACUCAAAAACCUCUUUUGAAUAAAACUUCAAGUGGAUAUAUAGAUACUUAGGCUUCAACUUAAUUAGCUAACAUAUCUCCUAUAGGAAAUAUGGUUCCUCCUAUGUUACCAAUAGCGCCAACAAGUAUUAAAAAUAUUCAAUUGAAUAGAAUUAAUAAUCACUAGCCUCAAGUAUAUCAAAAUUAACAAGCAUAGCCCUAAUAUUUUUAGAUUUAGAGCAGCUAAUCAGUUUCCCCAUUAAGACAGAAUAAUAAGAGCUUCGAAAGAGAAAAAACAGACUCACCUGAAAAGCUUUUCACUACAAUAAAGCCAUACAUAUCAAUAACUAACUCAGCUGAAUUCAAGCCUAUUCAGAAAGUUGUUAUCAAUAUCCCACCAAACCACCCAAUGAAUCACCAAUAUUAAUUGAGUUAAUAGAAAUAAAAUUAAACCUAGAUUGAAUAUCCUACAAUUCUAUCUCAAUAAAACUUAUAGGAUUAACAAGCUAUGCAAAUAUUACAGAAUAAUACUUCUAAAAGUAAUUCAUAAUAAUAACAGAUCCCCAACAAUUCUUUUGGCCUUGCUUUCAAUUAUAACUCGAAUAUUAUUGCUAGUAACUACACCAGCAAUACCAAUUAAAAACCUUAAAUCAUUAAUUCAAGUCCAGCAGCAGCUUUGGCUACUCAAUAAAUUAAUUUUUAAUAACUAAAUUCUACUCCUUAAACUCUUCUAACCUCAACAAAUCAAAAGGUAGCAAGUCUUAAUUCUUUAAAUUGCUUUUAGAGUAGCAAUUAGCUAAAUGAUAAUGCUCCUGCAGAAUCAAAAUACAAUUAAUCUGAAUAAGAUGAUACAAAUUCAAGCAAAAUCAAGGCUAUUGUUAAGCCUAGUUUUACAACAAAAAAGGAACAAAUCGAGUAACUCCUUUACAGUAAUGAUUCUCCUCUAGCCAGUAACAAUAAUAUCUUACAAACACCAGAGAAAAAGAUUAAUCUAUAAAAUAUUAAUUAAUAAUAUGAGGAGAAAAAUAAUAUUUUAGCAAAUAACGUAUAUUAAUUAAAUAACACAUCUAUAACCACCUAAAAUAUUAAUAAUGUGUCAGCUGAAAUUAAAAAUUAAACAAACUUAUCACCUUCCAAAUAGGAAGUCGUUUCUUCAACUAGUGGAUAUAAAAAUGCUUAAAUUCAGCUAAGAAAUACAGUAGAUCAGCUUAAAAAUAUCAUUAAGCAACCACAAACAUAAAAUAAUGCAUAAUUAAAUAGCUCUAACACUGCUUAAUUUAAUUAAUUAGCAGAAGAUUCUUCAAUAAAAGCAAAUGUAUCUCUUGAUCCAGUAAACUAGAAAAAAGAAAUAUACUAAAAGAGAUUACUGACAAUAAAUACAUAAAUUGAAGAAAUAAAGAAAAAAAAUGAAGAUUCAACUAAGAAUAUAGGAAUCACAAUUAAUGAUUUAUUAAGAAACGAAGCUAUAAUAGAGAAACAACUGUCUGAAUAUAAAGAGCAUUAAAAUUAAGUUGGUCAAAAACUCUUAGAGUUAGAUGAAAGAAUUUAGAAGUAGGUUGACAAAAAUAAUGAUUAAUAUUUGCAUGAAGGAAACAAUUUUGAUUAAAAUACCAACUUUAAGAAUGACAGCAAUAAUAUUCUCGAUUAAAAAUCAAUAGCUAAUUAAGAUAGAGUUAUAGAAGAAGAAUAGAAUUAGGAUGAUUGCGAUGCAAUAAAAAAAUCCUCAAAGGACUCAAAAAACAGAUCUUAAUCUCCCAAUAAAAACGAGGAGAUUACUAAUUAAAACAUGCUACUUAAUAGCAAUUCGUUUGGAGAACCUCUAAAUAUUAAAGAGACUAAUAGUUUCCUUGAAAAAAGCUAACCUUAAUUGUAUUUUGCAUAAAAUAAGUAGAGCAAAGAAUAAACCAUUUCUAACUUAUUUAACAGUUUAAGUAAUGGAAUUCAUAAUUUACCUGAAACAUCAAGCUAUGUUUUGACGAGUGAUCAGGUUUAAAAUAAUUUAAUGGCAUCUUAAUCAGAUUAGCUGAAGAAAAAAGAAAAUAGCAUAGUUGAAUAGCUUAUGUUGGGAAGUAGAAGUUAAUCAUAAAAUGAAGAAUAACUUUUAAGGUAAUCAACUUAACAAAAUGCCAACACUAUUAACUUAAAUUCAAUUCUUAGAAAGUAAAAUUCAUCUAAUAGCAACUCUCCAGCUAAAUCUAACAAUGGAACAUCUCCUCUAAGAAGGCUUAAAAAUGAUUUGAGAAAAUCAAUAAGUGAAAUGCAAGGUAAAAAAGCAAGCUCUCCUUUGUAUAAAAUCAAAUAAAAUAGUAUUAAGAAUAUAACCGAAAAUGACAUUUCGAGUAGCGAAGUCAACCAAAGAAGCUCUUUAGUUUUAUUUAAAACAGAUAUCAAUUCUACAUCUCAACUAUUUUCUUAAGCUUCUUCUGAAAAUGUAGACUAUUUGAAUCACAACUUAAAUAACUAAAAUGAUAAUAUAAUUUCUAAAAAUCCUCAAGCUAUGUUAAGCAGCUAAAACAGUAAUUAACUAUUUACUAUUCCUGAAUCUAAAUAAAACAAUGAAUCAAACUAAAAACAAUCUCAUUAAUCAAACACUUUAAACUUUAAUAAUUCCUUAAUUCAAACGAAAUAAAGCAAAACAAACUCAAAUUAAGAUAAAAAUAAUCUAGUUCAAAAAGUUGUAAGUAGCAGAGAGUCAAUUAUUAAACAAUUCCAAAAUUUAAGUAAUAUCUAAAAUAAGUAAAGCUCACCUAUUUCAAAAAUAAAUACUAAUACUGACCAAGAUAAAUCAAUUAGCGAAGAUAAAUCUUUUAAUUAAGACAAAUCUUUUACUGCUGAAAAGCUACCUAAGACAAAUAAAAAUACUUAGAGUACUAUUAAUGAAUAACCUAACAUAUCAGCAUCAUCUCACUUAAAAAGACCUAAUAACACUACUUAUUCUAAUUAAUAGCUACAAAAUAAGUAAUUUGUUUAGUAGAAAAAGUAAACAACAAUCAAAAAAGAUAUUAAAGUUGAAACUGACUUAGAAAAAAUAAAAUAAGUAAUAAAUAAAAACCAACAAAAAAUGAAUUAAAACAGUUAAGAAAAAGCUUUAAUUUCUAGUAAAUAUAGUGACAAUACUUCAAAAAAUUAAAAUCUAAAAUGUGAAGAACAAAUUUAAACAAUAUAAAAACCAUUUUAAACAAGUGCCAAAUCUAACACUCCAAAGUUUAGUGAAACAAAAUCUUUUUCUUUGCAUAUUAAAUAAGAGAUGACUUCAAAUUAAAGUUAAAAAGGUGUGAACUAAAUGAAUCUAUAAGAUGAUAGCUUGAUAGUUCCUGUGAAUUUAAAUGAGUAGCUUUAGAACCAAGAGAGCAGCCAGAAAAGCAGCCAAAAGCGAGGAUCGCAGGAAAUUAAACAAUAGCAAAAACAAUCUAACUAAAUAGAUUACAACGGUAUCACAUUUAACGGAUAAUAGUUAUUAGAAAAAAUAUAAAGUCACUUAGGUAUCAACAUAUAAAAUAAAUCUAAUAACGAAUCCUUAUCUAAAUUAGCAGAUAAUAAGAAAGACCCAUAGCAAUAAUUCAAAAAAGUAUAAAGCAAUUAAGAUGAAGAGAUUUAAUAUGAAAAUGAAGAAAAUUAGAUGUAAGAAAACUAUAAUGAAAAUUAUAACUAAGAAGAAAAUUUAGUAGAUGAAUAUAAAGCUGGUAGCUAUUUUAGUUAGCCUUAAGCUCAAAUCAAUUACUCUAAUUCUUAUGUUUAACAAGAUCUAGUAUCUUAAAGUGUUAAUCAUAAUGUUCUCGCAGAGAAUCAAGGGGUAGAAGGAGAUUAAGAUGAAAUGAACUUAAUAGCUGCUCUUAAUGAUUUAAACAUGAGGUUAUUAGCUAAAUCUUCUUUAUCAUAAUCAAAACUUGUUCAAAAUAGUAGCUAAAAAUAUAUAUCAAAAACACCCGAACGUGCAGUGACUGAAGCUAACGAUGAUUCACAAUGGUAAAAUAGUUAUUCUUAAAAUAAAACAACUUAAAAGCAAUCUAAGGAUAAGCUUAACAAAUCAUUAAGCCAAGAAAAAAGUAAAAAUGUUUCGAAUUCUUAAUCACCAAUGAAGGGAAGCUACAAAAAGAAUUAACUACACCAUUAAUAGCUGCAAUAAAAUUUACAACAAAGUAUGACUGAAUUAAAAAAGAGUAACAAAAUGACAUAGUCUCCUAAUUAAAAAAUGGUUCAAUAAGAGUUGAAAAGAAUUUUCGAUGAAUAUUCUAGUAAUUCUAAAAAUGAGAAUAAGAAGACCCUCUUAGAAAUGUAGUAACUUCUAUAUAAAAGUGUAAAGUAACAAAGUUAAGAUAAUACCUAAUCUCCUGUUAAGUAGCCUCAGUAUAUUUAAAAAAAGUAGAAUGGCAAUUACCAUAAGAAGAAUAAUAGUGUAGCAUUAAAGUAGACAAAUUAUAAUGAAGAAUUGCAAAACAAGCAAUAAAGUUAAACAGAAAUUAACACUAGUAACUUAAUGGUUGAUGAUAACCAGCCUAAAGCUAAAAAAACUUAUAGUGGUAUGCAUUUCAAAAAAUAAGUUUAUAGCAUCGUAAAAGAUGUUGAUGAUUAAAAUCCUCAAUAAAACUUACAAAUCUCUCAAAGCUAAAAAAAAUUUAGUUAAGAAUUAAAAGAAUCUUCGAAUAAUAAUUUAGAUAAUUUGAUGAAGGAACGCUCAUUUGAGUUUUGGGCAGAAAAAAUAAAAAAUUCAGAUAACCCAAAGUAAAUAUUGGAUGUGUGGAAAAUGAUUAAUUCUGCAAAUAAAACAAAAUAAUGA